AUGAACUCUAGAAAAGGAACAACGGCUGGGAAGAAACGGGAAUCACGUAUUGGCAGUCGGAAGGUCACAUCGCUAACGGCGGAACAGUUGGAGAGGAAGAGAGCCAACGAUCGUGAGGCACAGAGGACGAUUCGCCAACGGACGAAGGACCAUAUUGAGCAUCUCGAACGUCGAGUAGCAGACCUCAGCGCUAAGGAAGAGCAGUUUGACAACGUACUGAGGCGUAACGCUGCCCUGGAAGCAGAGAUCACUCAUCUUAGGCAUCAACUGGCGAUGUCUGGUAGCGGGACGUUGUAUUCUGCCGAGGGAUACAGCACCAUUAACAGGCCAGUGGCAGUAGAUGGAUCAAGAAGGUCGUCAACAACGUCUGCUGCCCCGAGCAUCGUUCCUCGCCCGUAUCCUAGACCUCAGGGACAUCAUGACGAUGGCAGCAUCUCCUCCAUGCCACCGAUUGCGAGGAGAGUAUCAGUACCUCACGAAUGGCAGUCCUACAUCACGUCUCGUCCUUCGUCUUUCAGCGAAGCUUCCAACUCUGAUUUCGCCGGCGAAGUUGGACCAUACUUGCUCGACGGGCAGGCUCAAGCCCCGCGAUUCGACCAGACGAUCACAGCAAUGAACAUGGCACCAGGCCAAAUAAGUUUGACUGCCCAGGACGCAUCUACACUCGGCGCGUUAGGUGUAUAUCCUGCAGAAUACGCCUCGAGCCUCAGACAUACUAAAGGCAGAGAGCACCUUGCGCAGAAUCUACAGCCGGCAGCUCCGUACGAAGUGACUUCAAAUCUUCAAGGGCCAGUGACAAUAGACAAAAGCGUUAUACCGGAGACACACCAUACAUCUAACCCUCAGAGGUUCUCCGAGUUCCACCCUGACUAUCCAUGGGACCCUCGUCGCUGAAACAGGUCUGCUCGGAUACGUUCCUGCGUGUACCACCACAAGACUAUCACGGGCCCUCGUCUCUAGCCACCCCGGACGGAACGUGCGAUUUCGAAUAGGACCGAACUUACGAAGCUUAGAACGCUGAUAAUAUCGCAAGCGGUCCAUACAGUCUACAUCUGGCGCCUUGUCUUCGAGAGAGCCGUUGCUUCGAUUGUACCGAUGUCCUGAUACCACUGCAACCAGCUGGCUAGCGAGAUAAGAUUCACCAAUAUCCAAGUGGACACCUUAAAAUACGGAGCAGCAGGUUUUUGGUGCAUCAGCAGGCUUUUCAGCCACGAGCAAUGCGCAGCGAGAUCGGGGACGUUUAUAAACUAUGCCGAAAUGCGAUGUUCAGGCUGCUAUAACCUCGACAUUAUUACCUUAAGUAGAUCACCAGGCUGUCUCUUCAUGAGAAUAUACAAUCGCAAUAAGAAGAGGGGGCAAGCACCAGGCUCAAUGAGUCCUC